ACAAAUUGAGUCCAAAACAACUGGUAAAGAAAGGCUUGGCAAUGUUUCUACAGAGUAAAGUAAGGCUGGAUAGAAAACAUGAGUUUGCACUUAUAUUGAUGUAUGAUACAGCUGUAUGGGUUAGAGAUUUUACCCGUAAUCCACGAGAUAUACAGUUAGCUUUAGAUGAUAAUCUAGAUCCCCCAUUCUGUGAAACCUGUGAUAUGGGAUCAGUCUUUGACAAAAUAGCUGAAAAAGUUGAACUUCCCCACAUUGAAGGAGACCCAGAGGUACUUCCACCACCAUACACUGUUAGACUUGUAUUUAUCUAUGGAAGAUCUCACAGUGUGCUGGAGUUUUCCAAAAAGGAGAGUUUCAACAUUUUAAAUUUAUCACCACACUUUUUCCUGGAUGCACUUUAUCUACAUGAACCUCCAUCAGAAGAGAACAAGUGCCAGGAAGUUUUUGACUCAGUCUGUGAUCUUGACAUCAAAGGUCAGUCCUAUAUUCUUGGAGCUAGUCGGAACCCAACCAAAGUUUACGACUCCAUGGCACAGCUGCUUGCCCAUCCACUACAGAGGCCAGUCCAGAACGAGGCUGCCUAUAAAAUAGGACCUCCUUUAUUGACAAUACCUGUACCAGACAUUGGUUGUGAUAGCUAAGUUGUAUGUAUGUAGAGCUGUUAGAAACCAUAUUUGUGUUCAUUUUGAAACCUCAGUACUUAGUUGAUUAUUCAUUAUUCAUUAUUUUGUCAUUUUUUUAAGCUAUUGUGAAAGUUGCAGAAUAAUGUGCAGUUACUUGUUUGCUAAUUCAAUAUUUUGUCAUUUUUAAAGCCAUUCUCAAAGUUGUAGAAUAAUGUGUGGUUAAUUGUUUGCUAAUAAUCUUUAAAAUAUAUGAGUAUAACAUUUGAUUCUUUUGACACAUUGAUCCCAUGAAGGAAGGAAAAGCAUUAAGAAUAUUUUUUUUCUUUUGACAUUUUUAUGCGAGCAUAUAGCGUUGCACUUGUCCGUCCGUCUGUCCCGAAAUCUUGUGAACGCAACUCCUCUUAAACGGGAUGGCAGAUUUUUGCUUAAACUUCCAGGGAUGAACAACCUUAAUGUAUAGAUGGUAGUAAAGGAAGGAAUUUUUGCUGCGACCAAAUUUAACAGAAUUAUGGCCCUUUGUUGAUUUUUUCACUAUAUACCAUAUAAAAAUUUUGUGAACGCAACUCCUCUUAAACUGGAUGGCAGAUUUUGCUUAAACCUCCAGGGAUGAACAACCUUAAUGUGUAGAUGGUAGUAAAGGGAGGAAUUUUUGCUGCGACCAAAUUUAACAGAAUUAUGGCCCUUUGUUGAUUUUUUCACUAUAUACCAUUUAGAAAUUUUGUGAACGCAACUCCUCUUAAACCGGAUGGCAGAUUUUGCUUAAACUUCCAGGGAUGAACAACCUUAAUGUGUAGAUGGAAGUAAAUGAAGGAAUUUGUGCUGCAACCAAAUUUAAGAGAAUUAUGGCCCUUUGUUGAUUUUUUCACUAUAUACCAUAUAUAUGUUGUCAGUCGGGGCAUCUGUGUCCUUUGGACACAGUUCUAGUUUGUCUUAGUUCUAUAAGCUUAUCACAUGGUAACCGCAUUGACAUCUGAAUAGUGUCAAUUUCAAUCCCCAGGUAAAUUAAACAUGUAGAUGGGGGACAUGUUUUAUCCAAUGCCACUGGAAUAUCCAUUUUUUUACAAAUAUUGUUAAAAGACUGCAAUGAGGUUGGCAGGUUAUACUAGACUCGCCAAACAGGAAGUCGUUCAGAUAAUGUAAGAUAUCUGAGUUAUGGCUAGACGCAACAAAUGUCCAGUGUAAAAAAGUGGCAAAUUUUUCAAAAAGGGCACAGCUAAUUGAAGAGCCGAAAGGUAACAUUUUGUCGAAAAAAUAGUAGUUAACCAUUUUAUCAUCUGCCUUGACUGUUACUUUAAAACCUAACAAAUCAAAAUCUGCUGGGGAAAUUUGGAGAAGACGGAAUGCAGAUUUUACAUCAGAUUUGCUGAGUAGCGCCCCUUUGCCUAGUCUAGACACCAUAUUAGCUGCUUGGUCAAUUGUGGAGUAAGUUACAGAACAAAGGUUUUUAUCAAUGAAGUCAUUGAUAGACCUGUUUCUCGGGUAAGAUAGGUGGUGGAUUAAGUGGUAGUCACGGCCUUUUUUAGGAACCAAACCUACAGGAGAAAUUUGUAAGUUUGGAAAUGUGAUGUUGAGAAAAGGGCCUGCUACUCUACCUGCCUGUAUUUCUUUGAUAAUUUUGGUAUGUAACACCUCAAGAAGCUGCUUUGCGCUGACUAAAUUGGGCUAGUCUCUAUGUACUCGGGGGCCCUCAUGCUGUAAGGAAAAACCAUGUGGUAAGCCCUCAAUGAGAUCCUUUGCUGCACUGGCAGGAUAUAAUUUUAGUGCUUUAAUUAUUUCUGGAAUGUUCAAAGGUGUGCAACCGGUUUGAUAAAGAGGAGUAGUUUUAUUGAGUAGAGUUGCAUACUGUCUGUGUCGUGUCCCUCCGCAUAGCCUGCAAAAGUGACUAUACCUACAAGGGAUAAAAGGACAAUUACAACCAGAGUUAAAAUACAGGGUUCAUACAGACCAUCCAAGACAAAAUUCAAGGACUUUUCAAGUAUUUCAAGGACUAAAAUAUGUGACAUACUAAAGACAUUUAUGUGUAAAAGGGUGACAAUGUAUGAAAUUAGAGUUUUACAUGCAAAUACCUGUUGAAGUACUAUCAAAUUUAUGAAGUUUUUUCUAAGUGUGCAAGAACCUAAACUGAAGAAGCUAGUUAUAUCCUGAUAACAUUCUCUCACUGUUGUGAAUUGUUUGUGUUUCUCACUUUUAAUGUGCGUUUUUAUAGCGCUUUCACCCAUGGCUGAAACGUCUAUAACCUUAUCACAAGCGCUACACAUCCCCUUUCUUUUGUCACCCUUGAAUUCUUUAAUGAAAGGGUAUUUUUCUACCCAUUUUGGCGAGAAAUUACACUUCUUGUUCAUUUUUUGAUGAAUCACCCCAACCGGUCCGUGAAAUUUACACAUCAUGAAUAUUUCAAUUGUGUAUAAAAGCCGAUACCCAUUCCGUACCGUCUUACUAUCUCGUUACGAAGUCGUAUUUUUUUUUAAAUUGAUGUAUAUUUGAGUUUUCUUUUGUUUUUUUUUUUGUUUUCUUGGCCACUGUUUUACUCAUUUUAGUCGUUUUGUGGUAAUGAGGAAAUCGUGGAUUACUAAACAAAAUUCUCAAGUUUCCUGUAAGGAGUUUUCAAAGACUUUUUCCCUGGACAAAAUUCAAGGAGUUUUCAAGGACUAACCACCAAAUUCAAGGACUUUUCAUGGCCUGUGCUAACCCUGAAGUAAUUACAUGUAAGUAAACCUGCUUUAGGACUGACCAUACGCUGUUUGAAAAGCUUUGAUGUUGGGGGGCCUGAUACUUGAGUGGUAGGUUGUCUGAUAGUGGGCUUGGUUUGAACUGUGAAUUCCUGUGCCCUAGAUACAUGACCAUUAACAUGGAGCAACCAAAGUUCGAGGUUGAUGGUGCCCCAUAAGCUAGAGGGGUUAUUAGAUUUGUUGUGGCGGAAUUGUUCGUCAUAUUUCCACCACGAGUCAGACCUUGUGGCAGCCAGUUGUAUGUCCCAGAGGUAUUUCAACAACUCCUGGGACCUGUUGGGGAAGCGUUCAAUGAAAAUGGUUAUGAAUACUAAGAAAGCCGAUGACUGACAACUUAAAUGUUGACCCCCUCUGCUUUAUUAUGCAUAACUUUCCAUUUUUUAUUUGGAGUUCCCCGAAAGGGCCAUCAUCAGCAUAGUCAUGCAACUGACUGGUGGAUUUUAAUAAAAUUGACAUGUCUAUAAAGUCGCCAGCCCAAAUUUUUUCCUUGAUCUUUUGGGAUAUUCCACUUCCUAAACUUGUAAAAUCAUCUGAAUUAGUAUGAUUUGUAGCCGCAGAAUUAUUGAUAAUAAUAUUGUCAAAUGGCUCCAAAUUGAUAACAGGCGGUGUAGGAAAGAUAAAUUGAGCUGUAUUACUAUUACCUUGCAAAGAUUCGGGAGCGGCCACAUCGACAUCACCACCACCUUGCAAAUGUAAUUCACCGCUUGGUCUGGCAUUUCUGUCAUUCCUAGGUUCUCCUCUGCCACGCUUUGGCAGUGUUGUAGCUGUAUUUGAGGCAGUUUGUGGCCUUACUCUUUUUCCACGGCCUCUGGGCAUUUUCUUUUAUUUAUGCGUUUUUAUUUUCUUAGCACGUUUCUUUGGCAAAAGUUCCUGGAUAAUGAUAAACCUCCUUUGAAGAGUAUUCAUUAGGGUCUAAAUUCCGUGCUACGGUACCUGAUUAAACACGCACCUACCUACCCUUUAGAUGAUGCGUUUAAGAAGAAUUAUCGAAUACAUGAUUCUGGUGUUAAUAAAAAGACAAUAAAUAACAAUAUACUUGAUGAGCACAAAAAAUUAGCUAAUACAGAUACAUAUGAGGACGAUUAAUAUGAAAAUAAUAGCCAAAAAGAUAAAAACAGAUGAAACAGAAAGCACGAAUGAUCAGCAGAACAUGUCAAAAUUUGGAAAAGAUUUAUUAAUAAGAGAUAUGGACUGAGAAAGUCAAAAUAUAAAACAUCUUUUGUAAUUAGCAUCUACUUUCUUCAUCCGUGCAGUAUUCAAGAUCAGCAUUAACACUGUGUUUUUCUGUUGAUAUGAGUAGUAAUUCGAAGGUCCAAGCGUGCGUUGUACAAUCAAUGACGGAUAUAACUUGCUAUAGACAUGAAAAUAUUUUCGUUCAAGGAAUAUACUCUAAAGAUUAAUUGAUCAAAAUUUUCAAAUACACGCUUUUGAUUCCUUACUGUCUUUUACUCAUUGUAAUAAAUAGCAUUCUGUUAAUCAUGCAUGCAACAAACUGUCACCUUUAGCUUAAAUUUAAAAAGGACAGUAAUGUAAUGUCUUUUCUUUUGUUUUUUUUUCUAUAAUGUUACUUUUUCAGUCCCAAAAGGUAUGCACGUCUGUUGCCAUUUGAUUCUGUGAUUGACUUCGGGUUUUAAAAGACAAUUUGCCAAUUCGUGAAUGAAUGUAGCUUAUACGUGUCUGGUAAAUGAUUAAUUUUUUCAAUGUACCAGGCUCUACUGUGCGUAUUUCGUAUGUGAUGUUUUAUCACAUAGAAUAUUUUCUAAAUAAUUUGGCCGUAUAGUGGGAUUAGGAAUAUACAAGUCAAACGAACAACAACAAGCUUUUAAAUUCAAACUAUCAAUUUAAUUGUGUGAAUGAAUCAAUUAUAUAUAUAUAAAAAUAUAGAACCUAUGUUUUCUAAUUAGGAUUACGUUAAAUUUAUAAGUUUAUUGAAAGAAAUGCCCUUCGAUAAUUAAAUAAUAAUAGAUAUAUUUAUUUUGCAAUAAGCAUAAAUAAAAUGAAGAGAAAUAGAUUUUCAAAUUAAAAUUGAAGCACUAAGGCUUCGAAGGAGUACCGGUAGGCUGAUACACCUAGCUAACAUAAUAAAGAAAUGCAUGAGUUUAUAUAGUAAAUGCAAGUGCAAAAAUCACGUAACCAAGUAAACAAUUAAACAUUGGAUAAAAAUGGAAAGAUAUAACCAAUGAAUAAAGCCGUACCAGAUUAACUUCGGCAUAAAUGACAAAAUGGCUGCGCCCACGAAAUAAAAAUAAUUGAAAGUAGCAUAAGUAAAAACAAAAGGAAUUUAAUUUAAAUAUGCAUUUAAGAUGCAAACUAUUACAUUCCUUUCUCCUAAAAUUUUAAAUAUUGAAAAUAUUUAAUAAUAACAAAAA